AUGGCUUCAGACAAGGUAACUACUGCUGAACUACUCUUAAACCUCUCCACUAUGUGGCACAAGUCACUGGAUGAAUUCAAGAUCAGCUGUGUAGCAGCAAUGGACAUAGCUGGUGCUUUUGACUAUGUAUGGUACCAGGGAUUCAUGGUAAAACUGCAAACACAAGAAGUCCCAGGUUCUGCACUAUGCCACCUUAGUGUCGAUGCCAAUGUUCCACAGGGAAGUAUGCCUGGGCCUUUACCUUUGUCGAGUGUUCAGGAUUUUUCUAUUCCUAGCACCCAGCCUUGGAAUAUACGCCGUGCUCAAGAGCCUGAAAAGAUGGUUCAUGAUAGCAUAUAUAGAUUUUUUCGUGAUACUGAUAGAGGCAGGGAGCCUCAGGUCAAAAUACGGUAUCCCCCGCCUGCUCACUCUAGUAAACCUCCUGUGGAAAAGCCCACAGCACCUGCAGGCUUGCCAAAGCUUGCAGAACCAAGCUUCAAUCUUGGCAACUACCCAUCAAAUUACCUUUCUAAAGAUUCAAAGCUUCAACAUCCAUCUGAAAGGGUACCCUACUCCCAGUAUCAUGAUCCAAGGGACAAAGCAUCUGUUAUCAUACAGCCAGAAGUGAAAUAUGAAAAAGCUCCACCUCAUUCUUUAAGUCCCAAGCAACGUCCCCCAGAAAGGUCUAGUCCGUACCCACCUGGCUCAGCGUACAAAUCACACGAUCCAUCCCCUUCCCUACACAGAACUAACACCUCGCACCAUCCACCUUCUUUGCCUCACAGUGUAGAGUUGACGAAAGCCAGGCAACCUCAGUCAUCUCCACAUUCUGCUCCUUCACCAGCUCAUCCUGAUCGCUAUUUUCCUCCAGGGGCCAGACCAUCACCCACAACGUAUACUAAUACCCUAAUUUCUGCUGGGCUGGUUCCCAAUCCAAUUCAUGUAUCCUCUGUUGCUGCAAAGUCCAAGGUUAGCUCGCCUCCGCUCCAGAUGUAUGGAAAGCCUGGCAUUACCACGGGUACUCCUGUUUGUCGUGUUGAUUCAAGGCCCACUCAACCUGUUCCUUUAACCAGUAAAGCCCCAGUUACCUGUCCUCCACCUGCUCAUUCAGGGAGAGGAUCUCUUAGUGAAUCCAGGCCUCCAAUGCCUUCUCAUGAACAGAGGCCUCCCAUGGAUCGAGGUCCAUAUGAUGCUCGCAUCUAUCCGCCCACAGUACCUUCGCCACACCACAAGCAUGUAGCGGCUCCAGGUCCUCCUCCAGUAAGAAUGCCUCCAGCCACAUCUCCACAUCUUACACCCCCACACAUUACUCCACAUCCUUCUCCACAGCCAACACAAACACAACCUCUUGACCUAGGCACCCGUGAAGAUACUGCAUCUCCAAGCAAAAGAAGAACCCAAACACCUACACCACAGGACCCGAAGAAGGCUAGGUUUGAAACCACUAAUAAUCCGCCAUUAUUGUCCCGGGUAUCAGAACCUAGUCCUCUGUACCCGACUGCUGCCACUACUAUUACUACAGUGGAGAACACGGCUGUGGCAGCAAAUUUGUCACGUGUAGCAAGCCCAGCUUCACGUCCACCUAGCCAACCUCCCCCUGCUACUACCCCAACAUUGCAACGUACAGAAAAUUCUUCUUCUCCGGUAACAAAUAAAGUACCUGAACCUGAGAAGAGCAGUAGUCCUGGUCCAGUGGGUGGAUAUGUGCACAAACUUAAAAAAGCUUGGCUUCAGAGACAUGAAAAUACAGCUGAAAUUCUCCCACUUACUACUGCUUCAUCAGGUCUUUCAACUAGAGUAGCAACACCACCUCCGGCCAACACUUCUGCACCUUCAAAACCAACUUCAUCCACCACAACUACCACCACAACCACCACUACAACUACCACACCAGUCAAGUCAGAAUCUAAACCUGUUGCACGUAAGCCAAAAGUUGUGAAUAACAUACCCAAUGGGCAUAGUCAAGAUAUGAAAGAUGGAGAGUCAAGCUCUACAGACUCUGAAGGAAGUACUACACAGAAGUCUAAACGAGGUAAAGGAAAAAGAAAAUUAAAAAAGAUGAAAAGAAGUAGUGAUAGUAAUAGUGACAGUGAAAAAGACAGUGAUGCAAGUGAAUCUGCUGUUAAGAAUUCUGGACGUUUACCAUCAAAAAUGGAUUCUGAGCCAAAAAAGAGAGGAAGAAAGCCAAAGUCAAAACAAGAAAAGGACAAGGAAGAUGGUCCAAAACCAAAAAAAUCCAAAGAGGAGCUCCCACAAAGUGACCCUCUGCAGAAACCUCCUGUAUCUCAGUUAAAGAAAACAGGGGAGAGUUUUUUGCAGGAUGGGUCAUGCUAUGAGGUGGCUCCCAAACUUCCCAAAUGCCGUGAAUGCCGUUGGACUGCUCACCAGAGAAACAAGAAAAUGCCCAACAUUUUUUGUCGUUUUUAUGCCUUUCGUCGCCUUCGCUAUACUAAAAAUGGGCAACUUGCAGUUGCUGGCUUUUCUGAUCCCAUUAAAGAUGCAUAUGGAGAAGACCUCAAACUCUGGGUGCCAGAUGUAGAUAAUCCUCCAAAUGACCUUGAUGUUGAUACCAGCAAGUUCCUGUUGACUCAUGUUGGUGACCAGUUUUGUGACUUGGUAGAGCAAGAAAAAGAAGCAAUGGCUCUUCACAUGGGUGAUGGUAAGUUUUUACCUCUUUUUUUUCUGGUGCUGUAUAUGAAUGAUUUAAUGUUUGUUUUACAGUAUUACACCAUUUAUCACGAAGUUCAAUUUCUCCUAAAGAUAAAGCAAUUGCAUAACUUUAUUCUUCUCUUUAUUAACCAAGUCUUUGCUGUAUUUCAGAGUUCAGAUUCUGACUCGGACUCUGACUCUGAUGAAAAAGAGGGCAACUUUUCCACAUUGAGGAAACUGUUAAUACAACCCAAUGGAAGUACAAAGGAAGAAACAGGAGUUAUUACAAAGCCCAGUAAGGAAAGUAAAAAGAAGCCCAAAUUGGACACUGUGGAUGAAAUAAUAUCAUGUGUAAUUGAACACAGUUCUGUUAAAGAUGAUGUGAAGGAUAAACAGAUGGUACUCAAACAUUUUGUUAGAAAGUACAUAUAUGGUCCUCGUGGUCGGGAUCCCCUGCCAAUCAGGAUAAUGACCAAAACUGAAAGCAGCAUGUUGUAUCCAGGAGUGGCACAUUCAUGGUUGUGUGAUGGAAAACUUUUGCGUUUGUUAGAGCCGUUGGCUCCUGGUAACACACCAUUGUUUCAGGACCAGUGGAAACGGGGUCAGCCAGUUAUAAUAUCAGGUGUGGGACAAAAGCUCAAUCCUGAACUUUGGACGCCUCAGUCCUUUUCAAAGGACUUUGGUGAUAUUAAAAAUGACUUGAUAAAUUGUCUUACUGGAAAUAUAGUUCCAAAUCAGCCAAUGAGGAAAUUCUGGGAUGGCUUUGAAAAUUAUGGGAAACGACUGAAGGAUGAGAAAGGUCAGCCUAUGGUAUUGAAACUUAAAGAUUGGCCCCCAGGGGAUGACUUUGCUGAAAUGUUACCAUCUAGGUUUGAAGAUCUAAUGAGUGUCCUUCCAAUGGGAGAGUACACAAGAAGAAAUGGGCGUCUCAAUCUUGCUGGACGCCUUCCGGAGAGUUUUGUUCGUCCAGAUCUGGGUCCUAAAAUGUACAUAGCGUAUGGGUCAGCAAUUCAUCCUAAUAGAGCUUCCACUAAUCUACAUUUGGAUAUCUCUGAUGCUGUUAAUGUUAUGUGUUAUGUGGGAGUUCCAAAAGAUUCAGAUUAUGAAGAUCACAUUAAGGAAGCUCUAAAGGCCAUAGAUGAGGCAGGAUGUGAUAUCUUGACGCGUCGGCGAGUACGUGAGAAGGAAGAGGUGCCAGGAGCUUUGUGGCAUAUAUAUCAUGCACGUGAUUCAGACAAAAUACGUGAUUUGCUCAAUAAAGUGGCCAUAGAACGUGGAGAUAAAUUGGAGCCACACCAUGAUCCUAUCCAUGAUCAAGCUUGGUACCUCGAUGGCCCUCUUCGGGAAAGACUUUACAAAGAAUAUGGUGUUGAAGGCUAUGCUAUCAUUCAGUGUCUUGGUGAUGCACUCUUCAUUCCUGCAGGAGCUCCACAUCAGGUUCGAAAUCUGCACAAUUGUGUAAAAGUGGCAGAAGACUUUGUCUCUCCGGAAAAUAUUUCGUACUGCUUUCACUUAACGCAGGAAUUCCGUCAUCUUAGUGAUACACAUACCAACCAUGAGGAUAAACUCCAGAUUAAAAAUAUUAUCUAUCAUGAUAUGAAAGACUCGAUGGCCUGCCUAUUGGCCACCAGUAAGGAAUUACAAAAGAAGGUAGAGGUUGAGGAAGAUGUAGACAAAAAAGUGAAGGAAUCAGAUUCAUGAGAGUAGGUCAAGUGAAUAGAACUUUGUUUCAAUUAAAUCGUGAUUCUGUGCUCCUGAAAGUGUUUAGUGUUUUUCUUUGCAACUCUUGAAAUUAUGGAAUAUAGCUGUGUAGUAAGAAAGUGACUUGAAACAUGGCAGUGUAAUGUCCUGUAAUAGACCUACCAUUGCAGUGAAUGAACAUUUCGGUAGUAUUGAAACUUGCUUUUAUACGAAAUGGGUUUCCUAAUUUUGAGUGCAAAUAAUAUAUUCCACUUUCAAUUUAUAAGAAAGAUAUCAUGGUUUGUAUGGAACACAAAAAGUCCAGUUCAUUUUGAUGUUUAUUAACAAAGACAAGUAAUGUAAGUAGAAAUGGUGUAAUUAUUUAUUAAUCCUAUAUGAUGUACUAAUCACAAUGGACCUUAUUGUUAAGGACCCACAUUAAUCUCUGUAUCCACGGUGUACUUAAACCAGUGAUGCGACCAAGUGCACAGGAUUGUGUGCACGUUAAAAGCUUUGAACCAGUUAUGGUUUCCCGCUUGACCCAGUGUUUACACAGCUGUGCGUGCAUUUUGGUUACUGGUGUUAAGUGUUGAUUCCAGCUGGGAAACCAAGUGCAACAAGUGGUGUAGAGCUGCUGUGCUAAGAGACUGGGGGGAACCCUGCUGUGACCAGGCAACUGCUCCCCCUCACCCUUCCAUGCUCUUUCUUUUUAUCCAGUACUUGAAAUGUAACUCUGUAGCAAUCUCUGUAUCUGUCUGUUGCACACAACAUACCAGUAUACAUAAUAACUAGGCCUCAUAAACUGGCUGAGGCCUUUAUUGCAUCCGUAAAUGGGUGGGACUUGCCCAGCUAUAACUGGUUAGUAACUGUCAAGCAGGGAGCCCAAACCAGGGGGAGGAGAGUUUUGGCUGUGCUGUUGAGUGGCAGUAAUCAGCUCCACAACGACCCUCCACCUUCGCUGCUGCUGCUGCCGCCACCCCUCCACUCCCCCACCUCGCUCCCUGUCCACCUAAAACCAUGUCAAUUUCAUUUUGUACAUUGAUCUCAUUGUUGGUGUAAAUGUGAGUAGUGUUGAGGGAUGGAUGUUACUUGUAGUGUGUUUCUCACAUGUCAUGUUGUUAUAUUUGUUUAUUACUGAAGUCUGUGUUUUAUUUGAGAAAGAAAAAUUACAAAACACAAGUGAUAGGCAUAUUGUUGCCAUUGACCUUUCAUUUAUUAAAAAUUAAAGAGAGAAUAAUUUAUUUGCUUGUAAAGUGUGGGCGGAUGUAGAAAUGUACAUUGAUGUAGAUGUGUAGUGCGCGAGGGGUGAGCAACGCCCUGAAGACUGCCCCUCACCCCGCCUCACCAGGAGGACGCAACUCUACUACUUUUUUGUACUGUCAAUAUGUAAACAGAUCACAAUUUGAAUAGGAAAAAUGAUGCCAA